AGCGAUAUGAGAAACAGUGUGAGCUGAAGCAUUGUUGUUGUUACCUGGAAGUGAUGCAAAUGCAAGCAACGAUAACAGGGCGAGUACCCACGUGGUUCUCACGCCGAAGACUCCUCGAAGAGAAGCUCUCUGAACUCCACAAGUGCACCAACAUCGACACGGUCAACCAAAUCCAUGCCCAAAUCCUCAAAGCCAAUCUCCACGAAGACCCUUUCGUCGCUCCCAAACUCAUCGCCGCGUUCUCCCUCUGCCGCCACCUCACCGCCGCCGUCAACGUCUUCAACCAAGUUCCUUAUCCCAACGUUCACUUGUUCAACUCCAUCAUCAGAGCCCACGCUCUCAACAACUCUCCCCCCUUCAACGCUUUCUUCCAAAUGCAGCGAAACGGCGUUGUACCUGAUAAUUUCACAUACCCUUUUCUCUUAAAGGCUUGCAAUGCCCCAUCCUUGCUUCCUUUGGUCCAAAUGAUCCAUGCCCAUAUAGAAAAAUUUGGUCUUGAUGCGGAUAUUUUCGUGCCUAAUUCGCUUAUUGAUUCAUAUGCUAAGUGUGGGAGUGUGGGGCUUGAUGCGGCGAUGAGAUUGUUUUUGAUCAUGGAGGAAAGGGAUGUUGUGACUUGGAAUUCUAUGAUUGGUGGGUUGGUUAAAGGUGGUGAAUUGGAGAGUGCUUGUAGGCUGUUUGAUGAAAUGCCUGUGAGGGAUUUGGUUAGUUGGAACACCAUGUUGGAUGGGUAUGCUAAGGCGGGGGAGAUGGAGAAGGCGUUUGGGUUGUUCGAGAGAAUGCCUGAGAGGAAUGUUAUCUCGUGGUCGACGAUGGUUUGUGGGUAUAGUAAGGCUGGGGAUAUGGUUAUGGCUAGGGUGUUGUUUGAUAAGUGUCCUGUUAAGAAUUUGGUGAUUUGGACGACGAUAAUAUCUGGGUAUGCCGAGAAGGGGCUUGUAAGGGAGGCGACAGAAUUGUAUGAGAAAAUGGAGGAAGCUGGGGUGAAGCCUGAUGAUGGAUUUUUGUUUAGCAUUUUGGCUGCAUGUGGCGAGUCUGGAAUGCUCGGGUUGGGGAAGAAGAUUCAUGAGUCUGUUCGGAGGUGUAGGUUUAGGUGCAGCACUAAUGUGUUGAAUGCGUUUAUUGAUAUGUAUGCGAAGUGUGGUUGUUUGGAUGCUGCCUUUGGUGUCUUUUGUGGAAUGAUGGCGAAGAAGGAUGUGGUGUCUUGGAAUUCCAUGAUACAAGGGUUUGCCAUGCAUGGACAUGGUGAGAAAGCACUUGAGCUUUUCUCUAGGAUGGUGAACGAAGGUUUUGAGCCGGACAAAUAUACAUUCGUUGGCCUUUUAUGUGCUUGCACCCAUGCAGGCCUUGUUGAUGAAGGGCGCAAUUACUUUUAUUCAAUGGAGAAAGUGUAUGGGAUUGUUCCUCAAGUUGAGCACUACGGUUGUAUGAUGGACCUACUGGGCCGCGGGGGACACCUAAAAGAAGCUUUCAUGCUUCUGCGCAGCAUGCCUAUGGAACCAAAUGCCAUUAUAUUGGGUACUCUUUUGAACGCUUGUCGGAUGCAUAAUAAUGUAGAUCUUGCAAGAGCUGUGUGUGAACACCUAUUUAAGCUGGAGCCAUCAGAUGCUGGGAAUUACACCCUUCUGUCAAAUAUUUACGCUCAAGCAGGUGAUUGGAUGAAUGUCGCCAAUGUAAGGAUACAAAUGAAGAAUACAGGAGGACAGAAACCUUCUGGGGCAAGUUCCAUAGAGGUAGAAGAAGAAGUGCAUGAAUUUACAGUAUUCGAUCAGUCACACCCUAAAUCAGAUGAUAUAUAUCAGAUGAUCGAUAGACUGGUACAGGACCUCAGGCAGGGUGGAUAUGUUCCAAUGAUACAUCAAUUGAGAUGAAUGGUAAUCAUUCGUUACAUCAAUCUGCACAGAUGAAAUGAUGCUUCAAGAAAUGAAUAUGACAACUUAACUGUACAAAUUGCUGGUUUACUAAUAACAAGUAAAGAAAUCAUUGUAUUCAUUUCUACCACUGGUUUAGCAGAAUAACAAAGUUGUAUGGAUGGCUGAGCCUAUGUUUACGAUGCAAGCAUCCUUCAUUCCUACUAACGCUGGCUGGAGCACUUUUGUAAAGCCUUUGUAAAGAGAAAAUGGUCAUGUCUACUACUUAAUCUAAAAUGAAGCUCUGCUUCACAUAUAUAUAAUGGUUAGCGAUUACACACUUCAUUUCUCUCUCCCGGUUGUUGACAUGUCACCAAUCCAAACCUAUUUAUUAUACUUGAGACAUUUACUUGGUGAGGUUAUUCCAAUGCUACUUGU